AUGAAGCAAUGGCGGAUCGUUGUGAUUGUGUCAGGGUUGAUAAUUUUACUCCUCAUAGCAAAUUUCAGGUACGUUCUGACUUGUAGCACGAUACACAUGUACAUUAGUGGUUGCUCUAAUAUAUUUUCCUAUAUCUUUGCAAGCUAAUGACGGAUUUCGUUUAAACUUUCUACCUUACUUCAACAAGGAUUGUAGUUAAGUGAUAUGUUAAAAAAAUAUCAUUUGGAAGAACCUAGGAAUCAAAAAAUCUUGAAGAUGAAAGAAAAUAGUUACAAAAUCAGCGUGUAACGCGUAACAGCUAAUUUGCAUGAAAUAGUUAAAAAAGUAAAAUUUCACCCUUAACACUAUCUCAUUAAGAAAAUUCAACAGAGCAGAAAUAUUAAAUAGGGAAAAAAAGACACCAUACGCAAAAUUACAGUUCUCUUCAUUUAUUUUUCAAAUAACGAGAAUUAUAAUUCUAGGGACGGUUGCCAUUAAAUGCCUGUGUAACGCUCAAGGUCCAACAGCGCUCCAUGCCUUACAAAUAUAAGGCUAGCGACUUCCAAACGCACCUACAAAAGAAGAUAAUUCGUCUGAGUAAAGUUCAUAACAUUGUUUACCAUCGAGUAAGAAAGGUUUUUAAAGAUCACUCACGGCGAUGAAGAAAUAAAGAAUUUUCGUGUUCGGAAACUAAACUGUUGUGUACUUUUGAUGUGUGAAAUUAAAUAUUACUUACCCAAAAGAAAACCUGUAUCUCAGCCUCUAGUUAACAACGGUCGCUGAUACACAGCUGCAACACAGUUCAGUUACUGGUCUUCAAAUCCUGGUAAGGUUUUUUAGUCUUCAGUAGGCUUAAAAACGAAGAAAUUCUACAAAUGGUGAAUCGGAAACAUAUUUCCAGUUGAAUGCCAUGUUUGUCUAAAGCGUAACGAUCGAAUUACCACCACACUCGCAGCAGAAAACUUCCCAAAUGAAACUUGAAUUCAAGCCAUUUUCCAGCCGAAAUCCACAAGAAACAUCGAAGGAGUCCUGUGUAACCUCUCCUUAGUAUCUGGGGGUGUUUUUUUGUAACAAAUCAGGGGGCAAAAAGCGGGGAAAACGUGAGGUAAAAAUAGAGUGGAUGUCACGAUUGCGUUACACAAAUACCGAGAUGAAUACCGAGAAGAAAAGCCUUUCAAAUAAAUGUGGAGGGAAGAAAAGAUCAAGAAAAAGAAAGAGGCAGACAAAAAGCACUUCGAGCUUAAUAAAUUUGUUGUAUUUUAGCGAUAAUAGUCAUGCUAAGCAAGCCAAAAAGUCAGAUGCCACGCCCAAAAAGGAUUCUGGGUAAUUUCUAAAAUAAGCUGUAGACAAGAAUUAUACCAUGAAAAUUUUCCAAAUAUGUUUCUUUGAUGUUAAUUACUUAAUAUCUGGCAAGUAAUGAUGGUUUGGGAAUAUUUUACUCAUUUUCAUAAAAGUGCCCUAUGUUACACUGAUGUACAUGUGUAUCGUGCUACAAGUCUCUGCAAAUUUAUUUUCACCUUAAUUAAAAUAAGAGUUAUGUCUGAAUAUUUUCUGGGCAGUAUACUUUCACUUUCGAUGAAAAUUAGAGUUAUUUUCGGUAAAAUUUUCAGUCAGCCCCCAUGCCUAUAUCCCGGCCAAUAACUGUACAUGUAAGCUUAACUAUUAUUAUUUUCAAAUAAUCUGAAUUUUGAUAAUACUAACCCCGUGAACAAGAGGUGUACAUGAUUAAGGCGUAGAAUAUAGGUAUAGUAGAUUUAUCGUGCCGUGCGGAGAUUAUCACUGCCUUCACCCUCUCAAGAAGACAUAAGGAAGCUCUACGAGCAGGCUACGCCAAAAUCGAACAAGCGAAAGAAAGGCUCUAAUGCCUGGGUGUACUGCCUUGUUCUCGAAUUUGAUUUCCUUUUUUGACUUCAGUAUUCAGAUAAAGAAAAGAAGUACUAAGAAUAAAGAAAACUCAUCAAGAACGAGUUCAGCUGUUGCCGACUUGAAUACUACACUUCGCCCAACAGUUAUUGAAUACAACAGCACAAAUUCUUUAGGUAAGUAUCUAACGUUUAGAGAGUAGUGGAAGUUGAAGCUCAAUUAAUCAAUCAAAAGCUUUAUCUCACUUUGAAUUUCAAAGAUAGCAUAAACGUAUGCUAAUAUCUCCGACGGAAAAGCAAAUUAAAUAGAAUUUAAUAAAUGAAAAUGGUAAUUAGAAUAAAGUAAUACGUAUAUAUUAUGUACAAAUUUAAGAUAACGUAGACAAGAAAAAUAUUAUAUACACUGUGACUAUAUAUAUAAACUAAUUACAAAAGGAGCAGCAUUUAUUAUCACAGCUAAUGCUCUCAAUUUUUGAUUAAAGAAAACAUGUAUUGACUCGGCAGUUCUAAGUACCUCUGGAAGCAUAUUCCAAUAUUUGCUGCCAGAGUAGCAAUAGGAGUGCAAACCAUAUUUGGUUGAUUGAACUCUGGGAAUACUAAGAGAGUGUUAACCACACAAAUUGUAAGAAGAAUUUCUUUCUAUCAGUAGCUCACUAAUAUAACAAGGGGCCAGACCAUGAAAAGACUUAUAUACAAGAGUUAACAUAUCAUGUAUUCUACGAUUGUGCAGGCUAGGCCUAUUGAUGUUCUCUAGAAGUUUGUCAUAGGAACUAUGACAGUCGUUAAAAAUAAAAUGUAAGCAGCUAUUCUGCAUCAGGGAGAAGAGGAUGCAAAUUAUUUAUGAGACAGCAAUUUUGUUUAUCCAAUAGCGACCAUCACUCGCCCUAGCCUCCCACACAGGCAUUUUUAGGGGAGCUCCUCAUCUUUCAUCCCUCCCCUCAAACGCCUGCUCAUCCAAGAACAAAAAAAUUCCUUUCCCAUUGUUUUAUUUGCAUUGUAAGUGACCAACCAACAGCUCUCAAAUAAAGUGUUGACAGGCUGAACACGACUAAAACAUGACCCUAGAAUUACCAUUUUCCUUCUUUUCUUUCCUUCGCUAAGGUUGUGCAGUGCAGGGAGUAUUCUAAGAUUUGACUAAAUCUUACUUUUGCUGCUCUGAAUCUAACAUUUAUUGAAGUCAGAAAACUUUCCCAGUGUUUCAUGCAGAUCGAGUAAUUAUCAGAUUACCAUGCGGUCAAUGUAAUUUGCUGAGCUGGGGAAAGGAAUGUUGUGUUCGGUUGAGCAGGCACUUGUGGGGAGGGAUGAAAAACAAGCUCCCCUAAAAACGCCCGCAUGGGACAGGCUAUCACUCCCCAGGGCACAGUUGUACCCUAGGCAUUUACAUGUCAUUCAAGGUCAAGUCAAGACAGUUAUGCAAACCCGAGAUGAAGUCCAGGGUUUGUAUAACUGUGGAGAAUUCUCCCAACCCCUCAAGUGUUUAUAUCAGGCUAUGCAAACACAGGAAAAAACUUUUCUUUUGGUUAUUGCUUUUAUAAAAUAACUUUCCCAAGAAAAAAUGUAAAACUCUUUGUUAUGGCACUGAUUAAAAGAGAAAGUCUUGUACACAAAGUCUUGUACGCAUAAUCAGUUCUUGAUUUGCAAAAAGAUGCUAUUCAAAAUACAGAUUUUUCUCGCUUAAACUGUCAGCUCAAGCGAAACAAAUUGACACACCUUCUUUGUAACGAUUUUCCAAGUUUCAGCCGAUGGAGGAAUGGGUAACUAAAGUAAUCUUGUUGAGUUUUGAACUCAAAAACUUUUUCAAAUUCGUGCUUGCGUGAUUAGCGCGUGAAAAGCAAAACAUCUUGACACCACAACCAUGUUUACAUACUCUCAUGCAAACACUCCUCUCAGCCAAUCAGAGCCUACUAUCUUAGUUAUUUUAUAAAUAGGUAUGAGCCGUAUGGUAUGGUAUCUCAACACACAAACCUUCACUGCUUUCCUAAUACUCUUCAGGAUGGCUCAGUUUUAACUGAUGAUUAAUGUUUGCGUCAUUUGUGCACUUCAAUUUUAGCCGAUACAAUUUAGGUACCCUACUAGCCUGUUCCUGGCUCUCAGAUAGUGGGGAGGGCAUGGAAGAGUGGGAAUGAUGUGAAAGAGAAAGGCACGUGAAAAGGGGGGCGAGGCAUUUUCUUUUUCUUGUUUGUGCUUCAAUUCUGCAGAACCGACUAUUUUGGAGCCUGGAACAGGCUAGUACCCUACCUAAGGAUCACACCAGCACCACAAUGCUAACAAUACCCUAUUUACAUGUAAGGGUUGCUAUUAAAUUCUUAGUUUUUCUCCUUUGAAUAGGGUGCCAUUCUUUGGAUUUUGACUUAAUUAGGGUAUCAAUUUUAUUUAUAUCAUCCGUAAAUAGGGUCAGGGUUUAAGAACCUGGGUGGCCUGCACACACCCAGUCAAAAUGUAUGGGAGUACCUGCCCUGGGGCCCAUCUAGACUAGCUUAUAAGAGGCCCUGCCAGGGGUGGGGGGGAGGGGUCCCAUGUCACCCGUCUGAAUUUUAAAACUUCUUGUGUCGGUGUUUAUAAAUGCUUGUCGCUCAUUGUCGGCUUUGCCAUCACUGUCGCAAUUUGGCUGAGGGAGGUUGUCUCUUGUCGCAAUUUCAUUUUACGCGCUGUCGCUACUUUUUGGGCCAUGUCGCUUGUUGGAAUUUACCCUGGCAGGGCCUCUUGUAAGCUAAUAAUGGGUGACAAGUUUUGUUGUUGUUAUAUUAUUGUAAAUUGAAAGUUUGAAAAAAGUAAUUAGUAAUAACUGCAGAAACUCAAUGCAGCAACUGAUUUUACUAACCCAUUGCUCAAGCUGCUACAUUAUGGUUUUAUGCUCAAAAUUUUGCCGGCAUAAUCUGAAAGAUCAGAGGGCUUUUUAUGUACAUGUAUAUAUCUAGUGGCACAAACAUGAAUAUUUUCUCCUUGAAAAUGUGAUCAAUUUGAUCACCCUUCUUCAGGGCUUCUAUCAGCCAAUAGACUAUUGGUAGAGGGCAGGCACUGUGUUGUUUAAAUAGUAUUAAUAAUUAUUUCUCUUAUAUUACUGAGCAGAAAAUGCAAAGAAUGUUCCAAAUUCAAAGUGUUGGAAAAAAGAAAAUACAAGGCUCAUUGGAGAUUGUAUUCAUUGCAGCGAUUAUGAAAAGGUAAGUAAUAUUAUAGACAUACUCAUUGAGUUCUCAUGAAUGUUUGCUCUGAGUACAUGUACAUCUUCAUAUAUAGGCCAGUUGAAAUGUUUUAAAUCAAAAUUUUUAUCAACUCCUGUUGUGUGUACUGAAAUCAUGGUUUAAGUUGCUAUAAAAGAUCAGAAUAUGUGGCACUUUGUCAACAGAGAGGUGAAACACCGGUACAAUGUUAUCUUAGUGGAACUGACAACUGUGAUGGUCUUUAAAUAUCCCCAUUCUGCUUACUAGAUGUAAGGCAUGCACUAACAAUAAUCAAAACAAAACCUUUAUUAAACCAAUAUUUCCAAAUUCCCUCAAAAAGUUCUGAAAAUAUUAAUCUAUUACUUUCUUUUAACUACCAGUGAAUUGCAUCUUUCCAGUGUAAUCUCCUCCACCCCCAACUCUCUUGUCAUCCUCUCUUUUUUUAUCCACCCCCUGUCAAGUUAAAAAUUGACAACUUGGAUGACAAACAUAGCUGAAGUGGAGUCUGAUGCAGCUGAACUAAUCAGUGAUGAUUCAAGCUCUGACGUUGGGCAUAUUGACAUGAAAAUUGAUCAAGGAACCAAAUUUGGAACACUUAAAAAGCCCAUAAUCAGUUUAAAUGAUGAGAUUAUUUUUUUAAUUAUUUAAUGGGGUAGUAAAACAAAAUUUAUUAGGCAUGACUUCCAGUGAGUAAUAUUUGAAAUAAUCAGCUCCCUCAAGUAAUCACUUUCCCUCGAUUAAUCGCCCGAAAAAAAGAACAAUUGCCCCCGGCUAUUAUUCGAGGAAAUACUGUAUUAUUAUUUGUGCAAUUGUUGAAGUUCAAUAUUGAUGUGUGUUAUGCCCAAUUUUUAUUUUAAAGCAAACUAUUUCUGGAUGUUUAGAAUUUGGAAAUAUACAGCAAGGACUUUGUAUUUCUUCAAAUGUUAAAUUUUAUAAAAGGUUUGUUUUGUCAAUUUCUAGAAUUAUUAAUUGCUCCCUACCUGCAACUUUUCCAAACACUUAGUGUUUUUUUUUGUAAGUGGUACAUGUAUAUAGAUGCCAACCUCUAAAGAUCUAAAAUCUGGAGACUUUCUCUCUUGCAUUACCAUCCCCCGCCCUCCUCGCAAAAAAUAUAUACCGUAUAUACAUAUACGUCAACGACUAAACCAUCAACUCCCCCCCCCCCACCCCAAUUAAAACCUUUAAGCCCUAAGAGUGAUCAGCACAAGAAUUUCUCCUUGUAAUAUCAAUGCUUUGUAAAACAGAGUGGUCAAGAGAAUUAUGGACAUGAUCACACAAGAUGGAAUUUGCUUGAUAUUUUAUUAACUUCUCCCCAUUACUUCUGUUGGAAAUGAAUAGGGGUAAGAAAUGAGAAUUCAGAUUUUGAUCUUAGGGUUUAAAGGGUUUUAAAACCCAAUUUGAUCCAGUCCCCAAGUGUCACUUAGGGCAUUAUGUGAAGUCUUAAUGCUAGCAAAAAUCAAAAGGAGACCAAAACAGAACCCCACCCCCCAAUCCCCUCCCGGUAUUAAUCUAUUGACCCUCCAUGAGCCGAGUGUGGAUAUUAUCUGGAACCACGCAUUUUCAACCAGUUAGUUUUAGUAUUUUGUGUUUUUAUUUGCUGUAGUUGUCCACAUGUACUUCAGUGGGAAGAAAAGAAGUUCGUGAUGUUUACGGUAAAGAUGUACCUUUUUUUAUGCCCUGUGUAUUUACCAAAGGAAUUUUGCAGGGGUAGGGGUGGGGGAGAGGGACUGAAAAUUUCAAAUGAACUGAACUGUCAUUUAUAACUGACAACAUUGGAAGGUUUGUUUCUAUAAUUUAAGGCAUGGGAAGAUUAGAUAUCAGUCCAGUUGGAAAUGUUCAAGCCAUAGCUGGCAAGAAAAAGAACAACUUCAGCUAGUUCAAUUUCCUCCUUGGUCCAAUUUUCUGUGUUUCUUUGUGUGGUUAAAUAUUUCUAAACCAUUCAAAAGCAAAGGAAAAUAAUUAAAUAAUAGUUAUUAUUGAAAUGCUCCAUGGACACAGUUGAAUGAAAACAAAACACUAUCCAAUCUUAUCAUUAUUCUAUUAUUUUUCUGAUCAAUUUAUCACGUUCCAAGGUAGCCUCUCACACAAUCAUUUUUAGGGGAGCUUGUAUUUCGUCCCUCCCCACAAACGCCUGCUCAACCAAGAACAACAUUCCUUUCCCAUUGUUAUAUUUGCGUGGUAAGUGACAAAUCAACAGUUUUGAAAUAACAUGUUGACAGGCUAAACAGGACUCAUAAGGUUAUGCAGUGCAUGGAGUAUUUUGAAAUCUGACUCUUACUUUUGCUUCUUUGAGACUAACAUUAAUUUUAUUAGCAGUCAUAAAGCUUUCCCAUGAAGUGUUUCAUGGAGGUCAAGUAAUAUAAUCAGGUUACCCUGCAGUCAAGGUCAACCUUCCAGAAUUUGGAAGGUACAGUGUGAAUGGCUAAGCUUGGGAAAGGAAUGUUGUUCUCGGUUGAACAGGCGUUUUUAGGGAGGGACGAAAUACAAGCUCCCCUAAAAAUGCCUGUGUUGGAGGGUAGUUCCAAGGGGUCCUCUCCUACUCAUUCCACUCAUCCUCCAAAAGAGGCAGGAUGCGCUGGUGAUAAGCAGGAGGUUGUUUUCUGGUUCUAAAGUCACUGACAAAACUAUAAGAAUGCUUACAAAAAAACUAAUGUGUUAUUUCCACACUGGAGGGAAACACAAGCAAGGCCGUCUGCCGAAUUUAAGCCUGCUGCGAAACCCUGUGCAUGAUCCCCAAGUACAAAUUUUUGUGUGCCUCUACAGGGCUUGAUGCUUUUAGGGCUGAUUUGCUCUUCUUUGCUGGUGUGGUACAGACAAAGACAGCUCGACAAAGUGUUUUAUCAGAAACUUCAAAGACAAGUGGAAAGUGACACUGUAUAAGCAUGAUAAAAAAAAUAUGAACACCACAAUUUGACAUUAUUAAUGAUGGAUAAAAAGGCAAAGAAAUAGUUGGGAGUAACACAAACCAGCCUUCAGCCUUUUAUAAGAUGUGGUCAGGAAAGGUAUCAAGAGAGGCGAUUGAUUUCAAGUUCAGCAAGUACACUUUAAAAUCUUUUUAGCACCAUUCUACAAAAAUGAAGGACUGCACUCUAAUCUUAAAGAAAUAUUGGGCAAUUCCAGAAAAUAUCCAUACCCAACCACGGACGGCUUCCAUGUUUUAAUCCCCCCUUGCCUUCGGAAAUUCCAAAAUGCGCUACCCCCCCAUGCCCUCAGAAUUCCAUAGUCGUGAACCCCCCCUCCCCUUCAGAAUUUCCGGUUUUUUUUGGAAGUACAUUUUCGACUUAGCAACGCCUAUAAGAACAAACGAACAUGAAUUUAUGCCUCCUCAAGGCUGUGAUCUAGCGGCGCCAGGUGACAAGCUUUACUCUUCAGUGUCGAGAAAAACCUACGCUAGUUGCCAGGCCGUGCAAACUCCUUUUUAAGUCCGAAUUUGGCUAUAAAAAUAAACACCACUUAAGGUAAUUUUACUCCUCUUUGUUUUCUUGUGCUGUUUUGACGUUUACAAAGGAAAAUAGCUCAAACAGACUGUUAAAAUCUUUUGGCGGUCAAAUAUACCGUCGAGUCGUGUUGCGUCCUUUUAUACGUCAUGUAGUGCGCACGAAAAGCGUUCUAAUCUGACAGGCGUUCCUUGGAAGUGGGGGACUGGUGCGAGAUUUUUUACUGUUUAUCGGACGCUUUCGGACGGGAGUAACAAGAAAUUUGCAAGCGGUAUUAAAAGAUACAUUUUCAGUUUUUAUUCACGUGACAAGAAAUUCAUCAAGGUAAAUGUGAAACCAACGUUUUACUGUUCACUUCUAUAAGUUAUGAGCGUAAACACGUGUCUGAUCUAUCGAUGCUUGUCUUCUGCUUCCGCGGUCAUACGUUCGUGGUUUAUCCGGUUUAUUUACGAACUACAAAAGUCCACAACAAUAGCGUUUUCCAGGAACUUACUCUACACUUUCUACUCCAGAAAUCCCACCUGUGGAAUUCCCCCAUACCUUCGGAUUUCAAUUCGUAAAUACCCCCCCAUGCCUUCAGAAUUCCAUAAUCGUGAAUCCCCCCUCCCCUUCGGAAAUCCGUAAAGCCGUCCGUGGUAUGGUAUGGAUAUUUUCUGGAAUCGCCCAUUUACAGGUAUAUCUCAGUACCGUACCUUUAAUUAACAUUGGAUAGAAAUACAUUUUAUUUUUCUUAUUACAAUAUCUUUCUUCUUAGAAUAGUGAGUGGUAUAUUUGUUGUUAACAAACAAGUUAUAUAAAUAAUAUGCAGAGUUUUCCUUAUCUGUUAAUGUAAUCGUAUGCGUCAGUGUUGUUUAUAGAAUUGCUGACAAUUCAAGGCUUUAAUAAGUUUUUGAAGUGCCAUAAUGUUAACACACUACAAGAACUUCUGCAAAAAAUAUUUUUUAUUUAACCACACCUUGAUUUCUUUUGUUAAUGUCAGUCAAACAUGCCGCUAUUUUAGCACUCCAUCCAUUUUAGUCUUCUCUUGAAAGCCCUUCAGAAUACGAAGGUGUGCCAUAGGUUAAGGUCAUUAAGGAAAAUUAAUUAUAUAAAUUAGGGAACACAUGACUUUGAAUACAAGUUAACGAGUGUGGAGUUCUGGAAAUAUUUCCAAUUCACAAUUAACUGAAACAGCUGUUAAAAAGAACAACAUGCCAGUAAGAUGCGUUGCAUUUAGAUGCAACAAUACUGGCAGCCUAUGAAAGGGAUAAGAAUGCAUAAAAUCCUUUUUUUUCAGUUCCUUAAUUUAUGUCUCGAGACAUCAGAUAUGAGCCUGUCAAUUUCUACCCUGCGAACAGAGUCUCCUUCGAUCUUCCUUGAUAAGUCUCUUUCCCAACUUAUCUAGGAAAGAUCAAAGCGACUCUGCUAGCAGGUAGUCAAUGUCGUGACCAGUGGAAUGGGUGCGCCAAAGAGUUAAGACGUUUGUAAAAACUCUCAAUCAUUUUUUUAAUAUUGCAAAAUGUUUUUGAAGAAGUUCUUGCAACCAUCCAGUGCAAAGAUCAUGACACGGGCUAGUUGCAAUACAACAGACUAAUAUUAUUAAUGUCGUUGCUGGCAGUUUAGUCUUUCACGCCUGAUUGGGUUUUUUUCUUUGAAACACGAUAACAUUCCAGCAAUAUUUCUGGGUUGGUUUUGUUACUUUGACAGUAACAUUAGAGUACAAGGUCAUAAUUUAUAAAGAAUUUUUUUGCUGGAUAAACAAAAGUCAGAGAUCUGGUCACAAAGGUCUUAUUUUUCAGUUGUCAGCUCAAGUUCAUUUGAAACAACAGAAAAAAGAACACCUUUGUGACCAGGGUAGGAAAAGUAAGGGAAAGUGUGCAUGCUUUGUAUUAAUAAAUUGUUAAUUUUAUUACCAGCAGAAGACUGAUAUCAUGAAAGAAAAAAACUUUUGAAAACAUUGAACAAGAUUUCAGUGCCAGUAAUGCACUGUAAUACUAGUGAUUUGACAUGGACAUUGAAUCAUGUAUCAGUGUGUUUGCUGGUGUUAAUUUUGUAUAAAACAGAACCUUUGUAAAUUUCAGGUACACAGUUUGGAUUUUGUAAACAUUAUGAGGUCUGUAAAAAUGUAAUUUAUUUACU